AUGAAACUGAAGACUCUUGAGGGUCACCUUGGCAGCAUCUCUGGUUUUUCUAAACCUAAAAUACAGUUGGAACAAUAUGAGACUCCGGCACAUAUUGCAGCUGUUGCUCUUUAUACUAUCCAGACUCAAUAUUCUUCAAUAGAAGACAAGCUGGUAUUGGAUGCAGGUUGUGGACCUGGGAUGCUCUCAGUAGGUGCAGCCCUCCUCGGAGCAGGGACUGUUGUUGGUGUUGAUAUUGACGACAAUGCUAUAGAAGUGUUGAAAGAUAAUAUUGAAGAUAUAGAACUCACUAAUGUUGAUGCUGUUCUAUGUGACUUUUUAAGUCCUAAUUUAUUAAAGUGGAACAAUUAUUUUGAUACCGUUCUCAUGAAUCCACCUUUUGGAACGAAAAAUAAUGUUGGGAUGGAUAUGAAAUUUCUCAGAAUGGGACUAGAUCUUACAAGUGAUAGCGUUUUCUCAUUACACAAAAGCUCAACAAGGUCACAUAUACAAAAGAAAGUUAAGGAAUGGAAUGCUAAGGAUAUAUUAGUCGUCGCCAAAUUUGAUGUUCUGUGCGAGUUUAAUGGUUCCCGAGUAGUUGAUAGUAACUGUAGAGCGACGCAUAUAGCUCUUCCAGGAGUCCGACCCACACUCGCGGCCGCCGCCCGUAGCCUUUUCGCCUCCGAAGGCUCCACCGACCUCCGCGCCGUUGGUUGGGAUAUUUACAUUCACGAUGCCGCAAUCCGACCCGUGAGGACCAAUCCACUAUAA